AUGGGUUCCAAAAAGAAAAACAAAUCAGAUUCCUCUGACAGUUCAUCGGAAAGCAGUGAUUCCGAUUCGUCUUACGAGCGCAGAAAGUCGAAAAAAUCGAAAAAACAAGCCAAGAGCAGCUCUGAAGAGCGUUCACCCAGAGAAAAUUCUAAGAAAUCUUUGAAAAAAAAGAACGAUAGGGACUCUAGUGCCGACAGAAAAGAAAGUGAAUCUAAAGACAGAAGCAACAAGAAAAGCAGACCUGUAUCUUCUGGACAUAAAAGCGAAAGACAUGAAGUAAAAUAUGAUCGAGAAAAACCUGAAAGUAGCAAAAAUUCUAGGGAUUACAGGGAUAGAAAAGAUAACAGAGACAGCUAUAGACAUAAGGAUAGGAGGGAUGAUGAAAAUAGAGAUCAUGGUAGUCACAAUAGGGAUAGGGAUUCUUAUAAUAGAGAUAGGGAUCAUGAUAAUCACCAUAGAAAUAGGGAUUUUGAUAAUCGCAACAGAAAUAGAAAUGAUGACAAUGACAACAGAGAUAGGGAUAGGGAUUACAAUAAUAGGGAUAGAGAUUUUAACACCAGGGACAGAAGGGAUAAUAGAAAUAAUGACAGGAGAGGACCAAGGAAUAGAAGGAGGAGCAGGAGUGGCUCCUUUGAUCAUGGUAAAGCAAAAUGGGGUAAAGAUAACACUGACGACUCUAAAAACAAUAAAAACGAAGGAGACAAAGAAAAGCCAAAUUUUGGCCUGUCUGGUAAGCUGACUGAAGAAACCAACACAUACAAAGGAGUCGUCAUAAAAUACAGCGAACCGCCUGAGGCAAGAAAGCCUAGAAGAAGAUGGAGACUUUACCCGUUUAAAGGGGAAAAGGCCCUUCAAACACUUUACAUACACAGGGAAAGUGCCUAUUUGAUUGGAAGGGAUAGAAAGGUGGUUGAUUUGCCGGUUGAUCAUCCAUCAUGUUCAAAGCAGCAUGCAGCUUUGCAGUAUCGACUUGUUCAAUUUACCAGGGAUGAUGGUUCUACUGGUAAAAGGGUGAGACCGUAUAUAAUUGAUCUUGAAUCAGCUAAUGGUACAUUCAUAAAUGACAAAAAAAUCGAGCCCAAAAAGUAUGUGGAAAUGCUUGAGAAAGAUGUAAUUAAGUUUGGGUUUAGUUCAAGGGAAUACGUUCUCUUACAUGAAAAUAGUAAAGAUGAAGGGUUGGAUGAUGAUGUUAAACAAGAAGAAGACCUACCACCUGUUAAAAAAGAAGAGCCUACAGAUUAG